CUUUGAAAGUACCAUGUAAGGGUAUUUUUCGUAAAAAUGGAUGUUAUAUACUUGUUGGUGGAUUGACUGGAUUAGGAUGGGAGCUACUUCAGUUGCUGGCAGAACUUGGAGCAGGGUAUAUAGCAACUCUUUCAAGACGCAAACCAUCUGCUGAUAGGUUACAAGACAUUGAAAAUGUCCGUAAAAGGUUUGGUUGCACAAUACUUCCAAUUCAAGCAGAUAUUACUAAAUUAGAUGAACUGAAAUCAGCAUUCGCAGAAAUCCGUUCAAGAAUUGGUAAUAACCAUAUAAAAGGCAUAUUCCACGGUGGUGGUGUUACAGCAGAUAAAUUGCUCAAGAACAUGACCGAUACAGAUAUAGACAUACCAUUGCUUCCAAAGAUCUUAGGCACAUGGAAUUUGCAUUCUGUUACGGAAGAUAUGAAUCUUGAUUUUUUUGUGAUGCACUCGUCUGUGGCAGGUGUGAUGGGAAACGCAGGUCAGUGUAAUUAUGCUGCAGGCAAUACAUUUCAGGACGCAGUUGCUCACUACCGUAAGAGUCUUGGUUUGAGUGGAAUGAGUAUAAACUGGAGCGCUUUGUCGCUUGGCAUGGCAAAGGAGAAAGCAGAGCUGGAAACAUUUCUUAAAAACCAAGGAUUCAACUAUCUCAGUCUAGAGGACAUAAAAAAUUGUUUCAUGCAGUCACUGACGCGUGAUCUGUCACAGGUUAUGUUUGGUAGAUUUGACUGGGAGAAGCUUCGGCUUCAUCCUAUUGUACAAAUGUUUCCACACAAGUUUUCCAAAAUAUUAAGCAAAUAUGAAAAGGCAACAACAAAGAAUCUUGCGACAAAGUAUCAUUUUGACAUUGAUGAUUACCACAGCAGUCAUGCAGAAGAACAGAAGAAUAUGGUAUUUGAACUAAUAAAAGUCACAGUAGGUGAUACAUUCGUAUUUGAUGACACUGUUAUCUCUGAAGAAACAAACUUUGUCUCAUUAGGCAUUGAUUCUAUGGCUGCCAUGAGCUUCACAAAUUUUGUAUUUGAGGCGACGCAAGUUAGAAUUCCAGUUGGAAAAUUAUUUGCAGAUUCAGCCACAGUUGCUUCUCUCAUCUCCUAUAUAAGAGAGCAUAUACCAAACCAAAAGGGAUUCAAAAAUAAGAUGAUUGUCGGUGAUGACAAGAAGCUACUUCAGUAUUUGCAAGGAAACAUUACUUUUAUGCAAAAAAUGGUUUUAGAUGACAUGAAGAAACACAAUGGAGGAAACUUCAUAUACCAGAUAGAUUUUGAGAUCAGUGGCGAAACAUUCAUUUUACAAGGAUGGAAAAAGGUUAUCAAUCAUGUAGUUAAAAUGAACCCGGAUCUUCGUCGAGUGUACAGGGCAAAAGAUGAUGGUACUUACGAAUCCACAUUGAUUGAAAUGAGCGACGUUAGUGUCGGCAUAACUCAGGUGGACUUUGACAGUUUAUGCCAGGACAAUGUCAUUGACAAAAGAAAUGACGUGUCUUUUGAUCUCACGAAAGAACUACCUAUCAGAUUUGAGUAUGCCUGCAAAGAUGACAAAACCAGACUUCGACUUUACAUUCAUUCUGUAUCUUGUGAUUUAUCGGGUGUCACACUCUUUUUCACCGAUUUCAAGUUAUACUUUAAGUCGUUUCUAAAAAAUCAGCCUUUACCCGAAAAGAACACAGAUAUUGAUCUGGCUGAUGAUGUUCGCUGUACGCGAGCUCUAUUUGACCCUGAAACUAAAUUGUAUUGGAAGAGUCAGUUUACUCUAGAUAUAAAACCCUUUACGUUUGGAACAAGUCUGUCUGAAAAACUCUGCGAAGAUGACUUCAAAGAAUUAACUGUAAGUCUUCCUAUGUCAAAGGUAGAACGAGUACUAGCAUAUGUUCAAGAAAAGGGACUCUCAGUUUACACAUUUGUUACCGCUGCCUACCUAGUUACUCUCCGUCAGAUGACAAAAAUGGAUGUUAUACCACUUCUGAAUGUAAUUGAUAUGCGAAGUCAUAUUCCAAAACUAAAUUCCUACGUUACAAGAGGAGGAAAUUUGGUGCCUUUUAUCGGAGAUAUGAGAAACAUGGGAAAGGUUGGCGAUUUCCUUAAGCGAAUUUCUGAUGGUCUGUCUAUGAUGACUCAGCAUAGUAUAUAUCCUUUCGAACUCAUUAAAGACGAAAUACACAGUGAAGAGUUGAAAACACACUUAAGUAGACAUUUGCUUGCUGCAGACAAUAUGGCAAAUGUAAACAAAUUUUUGAAAGAUCGAAAUGUUUCUGUCAAGGGUAUCGUACAUAGAAGAUGCUACUAUGAAACUGUCAUGAUAAUCGUCUAUGAUUUACUACAGAAAGAAAUGUAUCUAACCUUGGGGUACAACUCAAAGGUACUGAAAGAUGGAGAGGCAAAGCUUAUUCCAAAGCGUGUUUUUGAACUCGUGGAAGCAUUUAUGACACAUGAAACUGUACAUGUCGGAGAAAUACUCACAGGAAAUGAUUUUCCGAUGUCGAGAGGAUCUUUAUCCGAUAAGGAAGUAACUAAUGAUGCCAAGCAGCAUGAUAAGGAAGUAACCAAUGAUGCCAAGCAGCAUGAAAAGACAGAGACGAAGCAAGAAAAGACAGACACGAUGAGUAUGGAAAAUGAAGUUGGAAAACACACCGAGUUAAAGGGGACGGUGUCAGAUGAUCAACUCAAAGAGGCUAAAAAUGAUGACGAAAUUCAAAACAUUUUGUAUGAAGGCUGUUUCAAACAACAUUCCAGCGAUGGGAGUGAAGAAGAUGUGACACUUACAUUGCAGGAGGAGACCUAUAGCUCAGGAAGUCAAGAUGUUUCUUUAAGUUGGAGGGCAAAGGAAAAUCCAUUAGAACGCAAAUUAUCCGUUCAUAAAAUUUCAGACGUAAUAGUCAAAGAAAAAGAAGGUUCGUUUGAUAUCAUGCUGAAAAGUCAUAGCCGGUGGUUUAUUUUUAAAUCGAAUUGCGAGACAAAAGCUAUGACCUUGAUAUCGAAGUUAAGGGAAGCAGUUACUGGACAUAAGAUCAUUUACAAAGACAAAGGAGUGCCAGUAUUUCACGUCUAAUUUCACGAGAUUCGAUGAAAUGAUAUAUUGUCUGUGCUGUUUGAUAGACUGGCAUUAGUCUUUACCAUAAAGUCCUCUUUAACAGCACUUUCUUGAAAAGUUUACAAUAUCUCUUACCUCUGACAUUAAGAUUCUUUGUUGAGAUGAGCCUAUAGAGAAAAUAGUUUUCUGAGAUAAUAUCAGAGUCAGUAUGAAGAAGGAAAUUAACAUUAUUACAGAUUAUUUGAUCUCAACAGACUUUGGAAUUCUAUCUGUUAAAUUGCAAACUAAUAACGGGGGUUUCUGAAAAACGAAAGAAAAAAGCAUUUGACAUAAACUGCGUCAAAGGAAUGAAAAUAAAAUGAAGACGUUAGGCAAACAUAUUUCAAAGAAUUUCAAGAUGAAAUGGUUUUAACAGACAGUUUGUUUUAUUCAUGCAAAAAAGUAGAAAAAUAACACAAUACUGAUGGUAGAAAAUUUUGUCAUAUUUUAUCUUUAAAGGAGUAUUUUUGUUUGUUUGUUUUUUUUUUUCAUCAUGAGCAUUUUUUUUUAUGUUUAGCGACUUUUUCGUGAUCAUGUUUUGUUUUUGUUUUCAAAUAGGAAAAGCAGUGGUCGAUAAAAUGUUACUCUACACGUGAUUUUAGUGAGCAUUUUUACUGUUGGAAAUUUUAAAGUGAUAAAUUAUUGCAUCCCAAAAGCAAUUCAAUGCCAAAUAGUAAUAUAUAUUUCAUUCAUAAAUUCAAGUGUUAUGAACAAGCUUUGUAUUACUAUGUUUGAGAAAAGUCUGAAGAAGAGACUUGAAUACAAUGUACUUGCAUUACGAUUCCUAAAUUGUUUUGUUUUAAUUUCUAUUCAUCAUUUGUAGCAUAGUUAAAAUAUUGUUGUUUUUCUAAUCCAUAUGUUUAUUUGGAAAGUUGUGUUAUGAUUAAUGUAUUGUUGUUUUUGCACAAUUAUUCAUCUUUUGUGUUAUGAUUUCUAUAUAUAUACAUAUAUUACAUUGUUGUUUUUCUAAUCCGUAUUGGUGUUAUGAUUCAUGUGUCUUUGCUUAUUCAUCGUUUGUAUUAUGAUUUCAAUAUUGUUUUUUAUUGUUUAUUUUUUUAUUUUUUUUUUUUUUUUGUUUUUAUCCGUAUUUACUUGACUAUUAAGACGAUCGUAUUAUGCUUCCUAUAUUAUUUUGUUUUUUCCUAUUUACGAGUCUGUCGUUUUUGGUGUGUUUUUUUUUUGUUUUUUUUUUUCUUCUUAUUCAUAUAUGUAUUGUCCACGUGUCUAUUUAGUAAAAAUAUUGAAAGAAGCCAAUGCUUUUGUACCAAAUGUGAUAUGAAAAAAGUUGCAACAGAAUAUCAAUUUUUAUUAUUGUGUCCAUUUUAUAGUGAUUUGAGAAAAACAUGUUUACCUAGAUAUUAUUGUAGUUGGCCUAAUAUCAACAAAUUCAAAUCAAUAAUGAAAUCUACACGAAGAAAUGUGAUUGUUAAUUUAGCAAAGUUUAAAUAUAUGGCGACACAAAAAAAGAAAUGAAAUUAGUUAAAUUAUUUGUUUAAUGUUGUGAUUAUGUAUGUAUAUUUUUGUCAUAGAGAUAUGUUAACAUGAAAAUUGUUUAUACCGAACUCUUCUGUUCUUGUAAAAUUGUAGAUAAAUGUGUAAACCGCCACAAAGUUAUUUGGCGAUGGACAUCUAAUAUGUAUGUAUAUGUCAAUAAAAUAUUUGACUUUUUUAGACUUUAUUAUGAUAAUUUAGACAGCCUAUUUUUCCUAUUCACGUGUCUAUUGAAACAGUUUGUUUUUGUUUUAUCCUUAUUCACUUAACUAUUUAGACGACCGUAUUAUGCUUCCUACAUUAUUGUUUUUGUUUCUUAUUCACCAGUCUGUUUAUUGUUUCUUUUCUUAUUCACGUGAUUAUUAUUCACGUGUCUUUUAAGACACUAUUGUAUAAUUUUCCUUAUAUUAUUGUUCAUUUCUUAUAUAUGUAAGUAUUAAAUGAAACUUACAGUAAGAAAUACAUAUGUGAAAGUUUAAUUUUAGAAGUAUACAUUAGCAUUGACGCAUGUAAUAUUUCUAAAGUAAUAGUUUUGAGGCAAACUUAUUUAAUAGAUGGUUAAGUAAUAAUUAAUCAUGUAUUGAAUAGUUUGGAAAUGUAAUACAAUAUUCUAUAUUGAAAAGAUUAUUAUGAAAUAAAAGUAGCUGCAUAAAUAUAUAUAUAAAAAUG